ACCAUGUCUCUGUUUCCAUCGCUCUCUCUCCUUCUUCUGAGUGUGGUGACAGCAUCUUGCUCAGAAGCAGAACCCUAUGAGAACCUCCCUAAGACCUGCCCUGUGAUCACCUGUGCUUCUCCCGGCAUCAACGGCCUGCCAGGCAGAGAUGGGCGUGACGGAGCCAAGGGAGAAAAGGGAGAACCAGGCCAAGGGCUCAGAGGCUUGCAGGGUCCUCCUGGAAAGGUGGGGCCUCCAGGAAAUCCAGGGCCCCCUGGGCUUCCAGGACCAGUAGGCUCAAAAGGAGACCCUGGAAAAUGUCCAGGUUGUGAUGAUGGCCUGGCUGCUUUAGAAAGAGAAACUCUGCGAUCAGAAUUGAACCGUAUCAAAAACUGGUUGACCUUCUCUCUGGGCAAACAAGUUGGAAAGAAGUUCUUCUUGACCAAUGGUGAAAAGAUGACCUUUGACAAAGUGAAGGCUGUGUGCACCCAGUUCCAGGCCUCUGUGGCCACCCCCAGGGAUGCUGAAGAGAACAAGGCCAUCCUGCAUUUAACCAAAGGAGAGGCCUACCUGGGCAUCACAGAUGAGGGGAAGGAAGGCCAUUUUGUGGAUCUGACAGGAAUGGGACUGACCUACCAAAACUGGAAUGACAAUGAGCCCAACGAUGCUGGCUCUGGGGAAGAUUGUGUGGCGAUGCGGGAGGACGGCAAAUGGAAUGAUGUCGAUUGCUCAACAACUUCCCUUUGGGCAGUGUGCGAGUUCCCCGUCUGA